ACGGAGAAAUCCGGCGGUUGAACGUCAGUCGGUUCCGAUGCUGAUGUCCUGCUGGGACCGUCAGGAUGAGUGACGUGCGGUUAGCUUCAGCCUCCUCCACCGUAUCCAGGGUAACAGGCCCAACACCAGGAUGCAGUUCCCGCGGCAACGAGCCUCCAGCCUUCGUCCUCCCUCCACGCAACUCCCGGGUGACCCUGGGGGGAGACGCCCGACUGGAGGGGAAGGUGCGUGGUCAUCCCGAGCCUCAGGUCACAUGGUACAGAGAGGGGAGGGCUAUGAUUGGUGGAGAGCGCUGUGUUGUGGAGCAAAGUGGGCGGGGCAACUUCAGUCUGGUGGUGAGAAGGGUCAGAGAGGACGACCUGGGACGUUACACCUGUCAGGCCACCAAUGAGGCGGGGAGUCGACAGGUUACCGUGGAGAUCCUUCUGGAAGAGAAUUCUGGGAAGAAAUAUGGCCUCCCGUCCUCCAUGAAAACAGGGUGUCACUCUGCGGUCCCGGCGGUGGAGAACAGGACCGGUAUUUGGGGCGAGAGUCCGCCGAAGUUUAUCACCAAACCGAACCGAGUGUUUGCCAAGCUGGGACAGAGCGGGAAAUUCUCAGCGAAAACAACAGGACGUCCCCAGCCACGGGUCACAUGGUACAAGGGGGGGGCGGAGGUUCAGUCAUGUGGGCGGGUCAGUAUGUACGAGCGCGCUGGCCUUCACUUUCUGGAGAUAAAGGAAGUUUGUGCAGAUGAUGUGGGAAGUUACACGUGUUCGGUCACCAACACCGCCGGAACGGCGACCGCCACCGCAGAGCUCCACGUCCAGGGUGCUCCUGAAGACUCCUCCAGCAAAGAUCCAGCAAAGAUCACAAAAACCCGGACAGUGGACAGCGCUGGGCCCAGCGCUCCCAGCGCUCCCAGUGCUCCCAGUGCCCCCAACUCCCAGGCAGAGAAGCCCAGACCCAGGGAGAACCAGCAGCAGAACCCCGUCCCUCAGCCUGGACAGGCAGCCUCCUGGAGGAGCAGCCCACCUGUACAGCCCCCCCUGGUGGCUGAGAGGAAAACUACAGCUGCUCCGGUCACAGUAAUAUUGUUACUAUGA